GCCGCUGCACCGCUGUGUGGGAGGAGUCAAAGCAAGAUGGCUGCGGGACGGAGAGGAGUGUUUGAGGAACCAUCGAAUGGGAUGUUUAUCUGACGCUAACAGGAUGCUCAGCUGUCAGAACGAAGGAGUGGUUCAUUUAUUAUGGUCCUCGGAGCAAUGUGGGUCAGCUCGGCAGUGGCGAUUACAUUUUUUCCCCCCGUCAGCCUCCCGAGUCCUGCUCUGACAUUGUGGUCUUCACCAGCAGCUAGUCAUUAGCCGCGGACUGUCGCUAACUCGCUAGCAACCAGCUAGCAGGUAGUUAUCCCGACGAAACCCGCACCUUUUUUUUUUAAACCGUUAAGACUCCCGUGGAUAUCUAAGAAAACCUGCUGGGCGGACCACAAGCUCUCUGCUCUGCUUCAUUCUGAUGCGUCAUACGACUAGAUCCAUGGACGUCUGCGCUUUUCUCAUCCGAGCUGGCAUGUAGAGUACAGACCAGAAGAGAGAAUCAAGAAAACGCCAAGAGUGUGGAAAGCAGUAAUCAAAGCAAAAGAGCAGAGCGCCCCCUCCUGGCCCACUAUGGAGUGGUGUUGGCUUCAGACUGGAUGACAGGGUCCACAGGGAGGAAAGGGCGGCGCGACAUGUAAACCAGCUGCUCAGACCGACAGUGACAGCUCCUUCAUCACAUCUUCCUCUUCUUCUCCUUCUCCUCUCUGUUUGCAAACGGGUUCUUCCCCUCCUCCUCUCUCUUACCUUGUUCUCCCUCAUCUCCUCCCGUGCUCCUUAUCAUUUCUCUCCUUCCUCUCUGAUUUUUCUCUAUUGUUCGUCUGCCUGCUCAGACUUUCUCUGUCAUUUGGGAGUUUGAGUUGGUGAAACCUUCUACCAGUCUCACGCCGGGGUCAGUAUGAGCUGGCUGAGCAGGUUAAACCCCCGUGGUCCUGGGAGCCGGUCUGGUCGGACCGCCGCCCCCCUCAGCCCCUGCACCGCCGACCCGGAGACCUGCCUCAUGGUGUUCAAGAACCACUGGAGACAGGUUUCUUGGGUGUUGGACCAGCGGGAGUCCUCGUCCUCCAGCGACGACCUGACUGCAGUGAGGAACAACACGGACCAGAUGUUGUGUCUGCUGGCGGAGGAGCGGCCCGCUGAGAGCUCAGAGGGAGGCUUCGGCGUGGCCUCCAUGGGCCCCAUACUGGAGCUGGUGAUCACAGAGAAUAUUCUAGAGCGCCUGGUGCAGUGGCACCUCUGCCGGGGAUUGGACCCAGACAGCCAGGGGGCUUUGCUGAAGCUCUUUGAAAUGCUCAUCGGUCAAUCCCAGCAGCCUCUGCUGCAGCACACCGCCGUCCUCCACCCCCUGCUGAGGCUGCUGGGAGCUUGUGCUGACCCAGAACUUGGCUGUCCCCUCGCUCUGGAGAACAGCUUGGUGCUUCUCCUCAACCAGGUCUGUGUGUCGAUGGCUCGGCAGCCAGUGAUCUUAGAACUCCUCUUCCGGGCUUCACCUGCCCAGCAGGGCUCCACCAACCUGCUCAUCUUCUCCCUCCUCGUCCCAUUCAUCCACCGGGACGGCGCCAUCGGGCAGCAGGCCCGAGACGCACUGCUGCUGGUGAUGGCGGCCUCGGCCAGCCACAAAGCCGCAGCACGUUACAUCGCCGAGAACUCGUACUUCUGCCCGGUGUUGGCCACGGGCCUCAGCGCCCUCUACUCCUCUCUGCCCAGGAAGAUUGAGGUUCGGGGGGACGACUGGCACGCCCUGCGGCGAGAGGACUGGAUGGGCGUGUCUUCACUCGUGCUCUUCAUGAACUCUCUUGAGUUCUGCAACGCCGUGGUGCAGGUCGCACAUCCGACAGUCAGUUCCCAGCUUCUGGACUACCUCCACAACGGCUUCCUUGUACCGGUCAUGGGCCCUGCCCUGCAUAAGUCAUCUGUGGACGAGAUGAUCGCCAGCACCGCCUACCUAGAUCUGUUCCUGCGCAGCAUCACGGAAACCUCCCUCCUGAAAACCUUUCUACGCUUUAUCCUGCUGCAUCGCCAUGACAAUGACACAAUCCUGGACACCCUGCUCAUUCGCAUAAGCAGCAAUUCAAGGCUCUGCAUGGUGUCCUUGAGUCUUUUCAGGACUCUUCUGUCGUUGAACUGUGAAGAUGUCAUGCUGCAGCUGGUUUUCAGGUAUCUGCUGCCCUGCACACAUGUAAUGCUAAGUCAGCGUCGGGCCAUCAGAGAGACCGACAUGUAUGGAAAGUGUGCAGACAAGUUCCUGUCGCUGAUCCCAGAGUGCUGCCGGCAGUAUACAGCCGCCUCUAGUGAACGGGAUGAAGAUAAUCCAUUCUGGAGCAAAGUUCUGAACAGUCCUGGCACAGAUACUCCGGCUGCCCCACGACCCAGCACCCCGUCCCGCUUAUCUCUAUUCAUGCGCCAGCAUGCCGGUGGAGGCGGAUCAGGAGGGGGAAAUCUUUCCUCCUCCACCAGCUUGGAGUCGCUGCAGUCUGGUCCAUCCGGCUCCCGUCCUCUGUCUCCAGACAGUCCGAUGCAUCAGCACGGCCACACAGACUGUCUUGACUGGGAUGCGGGUUUCCUGGAGUACCUGAAGGACGCCCGGCGAGGCAUCGAGGUUUGCUCCUGGGCCUGCCGGGAUUGGUCGGCCCCCUACGAUGGAGAAAACCCCUCUCCGAACACAGCGCCGCCGCCUCCUCCUCCCCCUGCUUCCAACCCCUCCAUGGCCAUGUUUCCCGAGCACUUCUCUUUCCACCAGGGGGUGAGCAGCAGCACUCCUCCGGGCCAGCAGAGGGCGGCCAUCGUGGCAGCGGCACGGUCUGAAUGGAGCAGCUCGGACAGGGACAGCGGGGAGUGGGAUGUCACAAUCGGUCAGAACAACUGCAUCAGCCUCACACCGCGCUCCAAGAAGCGCAGCCUGCAGAGAGACGAGCUCCUUCCCAAACCCGUGCCUCCCCUCAUCCCCUCCUCCUCCACAGCCGCCCCUCUGUCAGCCUCACACUCCAUGUCGUCUCCGGCUGCUCACAUCCCUACCUCUGCCAUCACUGUGAACUACCAGGCCAUGUUUAAUGGAACAGCCAGGCAGGGGGACGAAUGCUCGGACAGUCACGAUCGAGGACUGGAGGUGAAAAAAGUUAAGAGAGACUUAGGAGAGCCGCAGUAUUUGGAUGAAAAUGCCAAUCAGAAUGGAUCUAUGGUCUCCUGCCCCUCCCUCCCGAAAUCCCUUUUCAGUAACCGUGACAUUGGUGAUGCUAAAUCUUUCCACCUCAACCAGACUUCCUCCCAGUGCUCCCCGUCCCAGCUGGCGCCUGACGCCUCUAAUUCACACGGCACAUGUUCAGAUCCACCCGAAACCAACCCGUCACAACAAUCCGUGGAAAGCCUUCUAGAGGAGCUGCUGGAACAGGCGCCUGGAGAUCCACAGAUGUCUGCGGAUGCGAACGGUCAGGGCAUCAGCAUCGAGGCAUUCACUUUGGAGCUGAGGAAGCUGGAAGACCGGGUGAAGGAGCGAAGCCGGUCCGCCUGUAAACAUGAGCCGAGCGCUGCAGAGACUCUGCCUGCUGAGCAGCAAGAGGAGGAGGAGCAGCUCCCCACUGCCCCGGAGGCCAAGGGAGACGCAUCUGUAAUGGGAGCUCCAAGUCCAGCAAGACCAAUCAACCAGCCUACCUCCCAACCAUACACAGGUCCAUUCAUGGUGGUUUUGUUCGCCAAGCUAGAGAACAUGCUCCAGAAUUCACUAUACGUCAACAUCCUUCUCACUGGCAUUGUCGCCCAGCUGGCUUGUUAUCCUCAGCCCCUCCUACGCUCCUUCCUGCUGAACACCAACAUGGUCUUCCAGCCAAGUGUCAAGUCACUGAUCCAGGUUUUAGGCUCUGUAAAGAACCGCAUUGAGGCUUUUGCAGCCUCUCACGAGGACUUCCCUGUCAUGCUGAGGAAAGCCCAGCAGUACCUGGUUGCUCGAGGCAAACUGGACUGGACCGACCUGCCUGCAGCUGUUCCCACCCUGCGGCGCUCCGAGUCUCUAGUGAAAAGCCGGAAGCCGUCUCUUGGAGACCUGAUCCUUCGCCACACCAACAGCCCCACCCGGGCGCGGAACGCCGCGCAGCUCGCACUUGCACAUGUACGGGACGGAGGCCAAUCAUUGCACAGCGCCCUGUUCCGUGGGGGCGGCGGCAGCGGGGGCGGCGGGGCAUCUGGGCUGGAAAAGCAAGCCGAAGCGCUGCGGGUGAAGAACGCCGUCUACUGCACCGUCAUCUUCUGUGAGUUCCUGAAGGAGCUGGCUGCCCUUGCUCAAGAGCACGCUGUCACUCUGCCUUUCCCUCAGAGCAAGGAGGCAGAGGAAUAGAUCGGUAGGCUCCUCCCCUUCUGCUUCAUCACUUUAUUUCGAAAGGAAAAGGCCGCAUAAAAACCUUUUCUUUCCGGAGAAACAACAGGAAAAGAUUUUGUACCAAAAUUCCAAGAAGAAGACUGAAAAAAACCCCGGCAUCUGUAAAGUUAGGAAGUUGUGCACAUCUUGUAAUAUAUUUCCAUUCUAUACACACAAAUCUCAGUAAACACAGUUUUGGGGGGCGUGUGUAUAUAAUGUCAUUUGGAUGUAAAGGCGCAGUUAAAAAAAAUUACGUUCAUAUAUUGGUGCUAGUUGAUAAUCCAUUUUUUGAACAUUUUUUUGUGACACAGACGGGAAGUGUUCUCAGCAAAAAUUAGUGUUUGUGAAAAAAAAACAUUUCAAGUGAAAGAGCUGCACUUUGCUCAACAAGAGAAGAAAGCGCACAGGACACCUCGAACUCUCUUCGGAAAACUCCAUGCUCAUUUUAUUCUGGGAAAAAAAAAAUGCACUGCUAAGAUGAAAGAGGAAAAAAAAAGGAAGAACCGAGGAGUGGGAGAGCGCCACUUCCUGUCCUGUGAAUCAAACCACACCUGUACUGGAAAACUCUGUGUGAUUAAUGCCAUUUUUUUCUGUUGUUGAUGUUCGUCUCUUGAAUUUGCACCAUUUUAUUGACAUAUCAGUUGCACGUGGGAAAAGGCACGCAUGUUAUUAUGUAUGUGAGUUUAUUUUUUGUUUGAAUGACUUUUAUUUUUUCUUUUCCCCCCUAAAGGGUGACGCUCAUGGAUGAGAAAAUGAAUAAGCUCAUACCUGGUUGCCAUAAAGAGAAGCUGGUGGUGGCUUUCACAUUGCACUCAUGAGUGUAGACCAAGUCUGCUAGAGUCAAACAGUUACAAAAGCUAAUACCGUAUUUUCCGUACCAUAGGGCACAGCGUCUAUGAAGAGUCUAUUUCUAAACUUAUGUCAUAUACAGUACAGACCAAAAGUCCACACUUUUGGUCUGUACUGGAUAUAAGGUGCACCGAACUAAUCAAACGAGACAAAGGAGUCAAAGAUAAGUCCGUCAGUCAGUUAGACUUCAUUAACUGCAUUCACAGUAAUUCUGUUGGUAACACGCUACAUGUUAGAAGCGUUAGCUGUGCAGCGUAUUCACUUUUGCAACAUGUAAGAAAAAAAAAAGAAAACAGACUGAUACCGCUAAAACAACCCACACUAACUUCCAAUCUUGUUAGGAACGCUUAAAAAAAACAGUCCAACACAGCUACACAUUAGCCACAUAAGCGUAUUCACAAUACUUGUAACUGCCAACUUUGUCUGCAACACGCAAAUACAGACUGAUACCACUAAAUCCAACAUAACUGAGACUAUGCUAACUCCCGAUCUUGUUAGCAUAUUUCCAAAAUGCCCAACUUUGUUUGCAACUCGAACAAAAACAGACUGGCAUAUUGACAGUGUUCACAUCAGUAAAUACAACCAGCUGCACUGGAUUAUAAGGCGCACAGUCGUCUUUGAAAAACAUUUUAGGCUUUUAACUGUGCCUUAUCUUGCAAAAAAUACGGUAUCUGAAACAAACAAUAAAAGAAGAGUAUAAAGAGGAAAACUUUGCUGUUCCUCUGUCGUAUUGAUAACCUUCUUCACCUCCGCAUCACAUUUACCCUUUGAUGAAUCACACUUUUUUCGAUUUUGUGCAAUUGUUUUUUUGUUUUUUAUCCCAUAUUUAUUUGGGAUAGUCCAUUUGUGUUCAUAUUGUUGUGAACUGUACCAGAGUUCACUUGCAAGCAAACAGAAGCCCUCAUUUUCUUGGGGACCAAUGUUUCUUGCUGAGUUUUGAUGUGCUUUACAUCUUCCAAACACAACAACGGUGAAAGCAUUCCUAAUUUUGGAAAUGCUGACAUCUCAUCUAAUAUCUUCUAUCCCUGCGAAGUCUGGUUCAGGGUCACAGAGGUUGCCGGCGCCAAUCCCAAUUACUUUCAGCCACCAAACCACCUAUGAAGCAGGUUUUUGCCAGAGAAAACCCAUAUCUGCGCAGGGAGGGCUCGCAUAGGAAAUUCAAACCAACACCUCCUCUGAGGCUACAGCGCUCACCACCACACCACCGCGCACCUCUGCUAUUAGUACAUCUGCUCUAAAUUUGGUGGAAAAGCAUCUCAUGAGGCUUUUUUUCAGACUUAGCCAUCAAACUGAACACGAAACUGGCCAAAAUGAGCAAGAGCAUUGCAUCAUGUGCUGCUAUUUUCUGAACACUAACAAACUUUUUGUUUUCAGUGUCAUAUUUUGUCGUUUCAUAAUUUGGUACCAAGUAUAAAUGUGUGUGAGAAUGUGCCAUUUUUGUUCAGUGUUUAAUAGAUUUUGUUUGUUUCCUCUGAGAUUCUAUGAAAUUGCAGCGUUUCAGUGUUAAAAGCCGUUUUACCAUCUGUUGGAGUCACUUCAAAAAACAAAACACAAAGUGACAUUUUUUGUUUGUUUUUGCAAGUAUUUUCCACAGACCUAUCGAGAGCAAAUCUAAAGCAAAAUCACCUGUCAGCAUCUUCUUAGUUUUCUUAUUUGCACAUACUAGCCAUUUUGUCUCAACUCUGAGUAGCUGAGAAACUGCCUGACACGCAAUAGACUCGUCUCUGUUUUUCCACAGUUUCUGUCUGAGUCCGUUCAGCCUCCCAAAGCCAUAGCCAUCGCUUCUGAUACUUCAUCGAGUCAAUUUUCUACAAGAUUUCUAGACAUAUUUCUAAAUGUUUUUCAAAGAACGGAUCGUUAAGCGUCUGCAUGCCGGUGGACACUAGGUUUUAGAGUAAUUGUUAACUAGUGCUGGGUUUGUUUCACUUAGCUGCCACGCAGCAGAGGGAGGCGAGCCGUCCUGUCGCCUCCAGAUUAGAGGGAGCAGCAGCAGCAGCAGCAGCAGGUUUCCCACUGAAUGUUUGCUCCGCUCAGCUUACAGCUGCCGACAAAUCCACUUGUGUGGCCAUCCGUCCGCUCUGCAUCCCAGAAGGCUCUCAGUGCUUUGACAUUAAAGAUUGUGCUUUUAUUUUGAAACAAAAACAUUUUAUACACGCCUGUUUUACUGAGAAAUUUUGAUUGUAGACGCGACGCCAAAACGCUCGUCUUUGUGAGUGCGGCUCAUUUGGAUCGGGGGCUUAGCAGUGACUGCUCUAUGGGUUCAUGGACACCAGAGGCCAUCUUGGAUGUCUGAACUUCCUGUUUCCUUUUAAGGAAUGCCAGACGAGCAUGUGAAGUAAUCUGAACACUGGAAGAACUCGAGCUCUGCAACACAGUCAAUAAAAAGAGCCACGAGUUUAAAAAGGGAGCCACUCUAUAAGAAAUUCUGUGUUUUCUGAUUUUUUUUACUUUACUGAUGUACUCCUUCACACUUUUCCUAUUAGUUUUCACAUUUUUGUGUGUAAAAUGUCUUUUAUUAGUACUUCAAAACCAACGUUUGGGAGAAAUUUAAAUAAUCGUGGUGAUUUUUGCUCACAAAACAACUUCCUAGAUUGUAAGCGGUUCAUUUUAGUGCAGCUUUUAACUUAUUCUCCAAGUUUUUAGGAACUCAAUAUCAGAUCUAAUCUAAGCUUCUUGUGGUGUAUUGUUUUUUUAAUUUGAAUAUCUUUGGGCAUAGUUCUGAGAACUCUUCAAAUGUUCACCACCGCUGUAGAAAAGGGAUUCAACGUUCACAAGUGCAGCACACCCAUUUAGUCUUACAAAUUUUACCAGGAAAAAAAACAGCUUUAAUAAAUAAUCCCAUUUAAAAUGUCCAUUUUUAUUUUUAAAUUGUUCUGUGUGUCAAAUAGAUUUGACAUUUUUGUCUAUAAACGGAGGAAAGCAUGAGAAACCCAAAGCUACACUUCAGGAGACUGUGUGAUGUUGCAGAUUUUUCUGUUUUCAUUUUAUUUCAAACACUACAUAUGAUCAGAUGCUGAUUAAAACAAUGAAAAUGAUGCGUUUUUUUAUUUGUUUUUUCUGCCAAUAUCUAUGUUUUAUAGCAUCCUUGAAGAUUGUCACUAAGCAGCAACAGAGUUCAGACCUCCCUCUAUGGAAAAAAACAGCAGUCAUGACCGUCUGAUUAAAGCGUCGAUUCCUACAGGAGGUUUUUUUUGACGAAUGUUGUGCCAUCCUUGACAGGCCGACUGGUGAUCCUCAUCUCAGGAUGCGUUUUUUUUUUUUUUUUUUUUUUCUCCCGUCUUCAGCUGUUUCUACCUUCCAUCUCCUGACAUUUUGUGCCUGUGAUCUAUGCAAAACCUGCUCUGGUGUUACUGCUUUGAAGCUGGAAGAUGAUGUGGAUUGACUCACUGUGUAAAUACUGUAAAAAACGAGGGGGGGGGGGUUAAAAGAUCAACAGGCCAGGGGGGUUUGAAACAACCCACAGGAGAAAGAGGAAAAAAAAUGGAAAUCAUGUUCAAAUAACAUAAUGAUGAAUGCUGUCAGAAUUAUUUUUCUAUAUUUGAAAAUCGUUGAAAGACACAAAGAGAAUACAGACAAUUUGAAAACUGUUAGAAUGGAACUACUAAAGGGAAUGUUUCUAUUAAUUUAUAAACUCUUUGUUAAGCAAUA